UGUUGCCAUCGCUGACUUCCCACACGCUCGAUUUUGCGCGCUUGUAUUUUGUUUCCUGUUUGUGAAACUAACAAAUUCAGAAAAACAAAAUUAAGCAUAUAAAAUAUAAUUUUAAUGACAUGCAGUCUGUUUAUGAGUAAAGACGCGUUUUAAUGGAGACGGAUUUUAGAACCUCAGCAGAAAGAAAGCAGUGUUAUCAUUAGAUUCGUCUGCAGAAAUAUCUCCUCAAACUCUCAGCGAAAAACAGCAAAAGGAGGAUCUGAGAGUGGCGCCCUCCAGUGGUCGAGUGAUGUCUGACAGUUUGUCUUUGCCCUCUUAUACUGAAUAUCCAACAGGACGACCCUUCAUUAACACAACCAGACCCAUCUCACAUAAAACUGUGAAAGCUUUUCCUGAGAGCAGUGGUGCAGCAAUUAUUUCAGCAUUGAAGAAUCUGCAGGAGAAGAUUCACAGUCUUGAGCUUGAACGCCAUGAUGCUCAUCAGAAACUCCAGAGACUCUCCAGAGAAUCAACACAUUCACUGAAUACUCAUGAGAAACAACAACACAGCAGAACUGAUGAAGAACCAAAGACCCACGAGCUGUUGUGUCACUUGUCUGCGGCUGAGAGUCGAUGUUCUCGUCUGGAGAGACGCUUGGAUCACAUGAGGAAGACCCUGAGAAACACUGAAUCAGACAGAAGUGCUGUUCUCAGACGACAGGCGUCUCUGGAGCGGUUGGGUUCGGCGGAGCAGACAGAUGUUCAGAGGAAGCUCCUGAAGUUAGAUGUUUUGGAGCAGGAGUAUCAGAGACUGACAGAGACACAGACGCUCGCCGAGAAGAAAAUCAGAGACCUGGAGAGAAAAUUACAAGAGGAGGAACAUCAGAGGAAACUGGUGCAGGAUAAAGCAGCACAGUUGCAGACAGGUCUUGAAGCCAAUCGCGUCCUCAUUCAAUCAGUCUCUCCACGUCCACAUAAAUCCACUAAAGUUAAAAAGCAGAAGAAACAUUCGUCUCAUUCACAGCCGCAUUAUAGACUGAGUUUAGGAGAUGUGCCGUUUGUGACAGGAACGUCGACCGGUUCAAGUCAUUCUGUCCGUGCAAACGUUCAACACGUUCUUCAUCUCAUGAAGCAGCAUCAUCCUCAGCUAUGUAAUGAACGUGUUCUUGGACACGCCAAUCUGGCUGGAGGCUCCACCAAUGAGAGAGGCAGGUCAGGCCAUCGGUCCAGUGGUAGCUCCGCCUCCUCGAGCAGUGAAGAGCUGUCAGAUUUACUGUUGAUGUUACAGGAUGAGUUUGGACACAUGAGCUUUGAGCAUCAGGAGUUGGCCAGACAGAUCCAGACUUGUAGGUCAGAUCGGUUGCGGCAGGAUUUGGAGCGUGAGAUGGAAACUCUUGUGAAGAGAAUGGAGAGUAAAGGGGAACAGAUCGCUAAAGUCCGUCGACACCAAACACAGCUGGAGAAGUUGAGGAGACAGUAUGGUAAACAGAGGAAUUUUUCGGCUGACGGCGAGGUUAAAGUCACGACGACAGUAUCGACUCGCGGUCGUUCGGCUACACCGGUACAGGUCACAUCGAAACCAGGUGAACGCAGCCGAGACAGUCUGCGUCUGCUUAAAGACAUGCGCUCGCUGCAGACAUCACUGCGCUGUGAUCAGAUCAACUGGGAGUUCUGACACAAUAACAUCUAACAGAACAACAACACACAGCUGUCAUCUCAUUUAUACACACAGACAAUUUCACCAAUAAGUUUACCGUGUUUGUGAUAUUAUUUUAUGAAAAUUCUGCGUAUUUUACCACCAUGAGCUGAGCUCUUGACUUUUACACUUUUCAUUUUGGUUUAAAAGGAAGACCUGUGGUUAUUUUUGCACAACACUGAGCCGUACACUGCAAAAAAUUAUGUUCAAGAAAAAUAUUCUUAGUAUUUUUGUCUUGUUUUCAGUAAAAAUAUUUAAAAAUUCUUAAAUUAAGAUGCUUUUUCUUGAUGAGCAAA